CAGUUGGAUGAAAUGUUGGAGGCAGACAAGAGUGAAGCAUUAAAGAAGGCUGUGUUUCGUGGUGAUGUGUCAUUAAUUGAAGACCUCUUAAACUCUGGUAUAGACAUAGAAUCUAGCUUUCAGUUUGGAUGGACUCCCCUGAUGUGUGCUGCCAGUGUGGCUGACUUUGCAGUAGUGCGUCUUCUUCUGGACAGAGGUGCUAAUGCAUGCUUUGAAAUAGAUAAGUACAACGUGCUGAUGGCAGCAUGUACUGCGCAUGCUUCAGAGGAAAACAUCUUGAAGACUGUAGAACUGCUGCUAUCGAGGAAUGCUGACCCUAACCUUACUUGCAGGAGACAAAUGACUCCACUGAUGUAUGCAGCUAGAAAAGGUUAUCCUCAGGUGGUUGCUCUUCUUGUCGCUUCUGGAUCAGACGUAAACGCCCAAGAUGAAAAUGGAUAUUCAGCAUUAAUGUGGGCAGCACAGCAUGGGCAUAAAAGUGUAAUUUUCACAUUGCUUGAGCUGGGAGCUGACAAAAAUCUACAGACUAAGGAUGAGAAAACAGCAGCAGAGCUAGCAAAAAUCAAUAACCAUUCAGAGAUUUAUAGUUUACUCUCUUUGGCUGCAAAUAACUUGCAAGGGAGAUACCAUGAAACGAUGAAGCAAGAGGCUAUCCACAAAUUUCUGACAGCUGUCUCUGACCACAGAGUUGGUUCCUUUUCAACUUUUGACAACCUGGAAGUGUUUUUACAUGGGAUUGGUCUAGAACACAUAAUAGGAUUAUUGAAGGAAGGAGAUACAACUUUAAGACAACUUCUGAUCAUGCAAAAAGAUGAGUUAGUACAG